GAGGGACCACAACACGUCACGCUUCGGUUCACACUGGCGACACCUACACGUCAAAGAUGGCACUUGCCUUGAAGUGGCCGAAUGCAUCUGAAUAUAAGCAAACUCAAUGACAAUGCUUCCAGGCGCUUGAGACACGCAUUCUCGCCCAAGAGGGUUGUAUUGAUGUGCAUCUUCAAAAUGACCGAACAGGACAUUGAGGAUGACCUUUCGAUCACGUACCCUCGCCCAGCGUCGACACCUUUCCAUCAAAACCCCAUCAUCACUCCUGCCCACCAGUUAAAGAAGAAGAAAUUUUCAGACAUCACUUUCAUCGUCGGGGCGCCAUCCGCUGCCAAGAAAUACACUGGGCACAGAGUGGUCCUGGCUAUGACAAGUCCUGUCUUCGAGGCCAUGUUCCAAGGGGAUAUGGCCAACAAAAGCAGAGUCGUGCGUGUCACGGACAUACAUCCCAGCGGAUUCGAGAACCUGCUCAGAUACGCUUACAGUGACGGUCUCCGUCUUCAAAGCAUUGAAGAUGCCAUGAUGACUGCAUUUGCAGCAAAAAAAUACGCCUUGCCCCAUUUGUUAGAGCAAUGCUUCUCCUAUCUAGAAGCGAACGUCAACGCAAAGAAUGUUUGCCAGAUAUAUGAGUUUGCCCAGUCUGUGGAUGCACCCUUAUUAAUAUUCCUCUGCCUUAACAUCAUGGACAGACAGACAUUCCAUGUUCUGACUUCACCCAGCUUUCCGAUGGUGUUGCCCAGCACUGCUGAACUCAUCGCUAGUCGGAGUUACCUCAAUCUUUACUCCGAGUUCACGGUCUAUACGUCUCUGGUGCAAUGGGGGGAGGAUGAGUGCAAGAGAAGAAAAAUACCAGAUGACCCAGAAAAUGUCCGACAGGUUCUGGAGGCUCACCUUCCUUAUAUCAGGUUCUUAGCCAUGUCGCCAGAAGAAUUCGCCAAGGGACCUGCUAAGGGUGGGCUACUUACUUUAGAUGAAUGCUUCUCAAUCUUCAUGAAUUUAGCUAUCCCUGAUUGCGUGCCCGUUCCACCUGGUAUCUCGCCAGAAUACAAUAAGAGAUCCGCACCGCCAGAAUACUUCAUCUGCACCAGAUAUAGAGGUUUGUCUUAUUCGCCUCCUGGAAGACCUUUGCGUGUUUUCGGAAUCAGAUUCUCUACAGUCGAGAAAAACAUUUUUUUGGUGGGGGCAGCUUUCCCCGUAAGGUUGGAUAACAAUUACUACGCCGUGAGGCAGCCCAAGUACACUGGAGUGGUUAGAAUAGCUAGGAGAUUGGUUGACGGCAAAAUCGAAAGACAGGAGUCCGAAGUAUCCUUCCAGCUCUCAAAAGGCAAGGACACAGCAUUUACUUUGAGAAAGCCAUACUACUGUAGACGGGGAGAAAAGUAUGAAGUCGAGCUUCAAGCCCAUGCUCUGAUUUCAGACGAUGUCAUUGUGCCUUUGUUGAGAAAUAAGAAGAGAGAGGAUGUAGUGGAAGGUGUGACUUUCCAGUUCAUUCCAUUCACCAGGGUGAAACUUUCAAGCAUUUUGGACAUAACAGAAUUUUCUGAACUACAUUUCUAUUGUUGAACAAUACUGAUGCAUCAUAUUAGUCAUUAUGACAAAAAAAGAUGUAAUAUUGUAUUCGUGUUUGCGUGACCAAAGUUCGUUUGCCAUGUCGAGUAUCAAUCGAAGAGUGAGUUCCAGUAAUUGAAUGUUGCAUUGAUGAGGAUCUGGUUAUUUUGUUGACAGGAUCUCUGAAUGUUGACUUUCUGUUAAAUCCGCCGAAAUGUUGUUGAAAUGCGAGUAUUUUUCCUUUUUGAGAGUUUCUGAAGCAUCGUGAUAUUGUUGGAAAGAAACAUUCGUUGAAAUAUAUUUCAUGUGCCGAUCAAAGUAUAGAGAGAAUCAUUCUUUGCAUGAGUUUUAGGUAUAACUAUUUUUUCCAUUUGAUUUGCGUCACCUUCUUAUCAUUAAGCGAGCAUUUCUCUUGUAAAACAAUAUCCAUUUUAAAGCUUUAGUGAAGAUAUUCUCUGAUAGAUAACUUCUGAAGAUUUGUAAUCACAUGAAAUUUUUGCAUUUAGUGUUACUUUCACAUCAUAAAUAUACGUUGUAUUCUCCCUUUUUUUUCAAUAUGCAUGUAAGGUUUCAUUCGAAGCUAUCUGCACUGCCUAAGUAUUAAAGGAGUGGAAUAUUUUGAAUACACAACUAUUUUUAACUGCCAUCUUCUUGUAAAAUAUUGCAUUCCAAAUAAUAAUGAUUUUUGAAGUAUAACUAACUUUUCAAGAAGUUUGGUUAUAUAUAGAAUGAUAUAUAUUGUGUUAAAAAGUGUUCAUCUGAAUUCACACUAUGUAUUCGAAUAAAUCUUU